GCACCAUAUUAUUCAAACAUUGCAAGGCCCGUAGACUCAAAAUCGACUUUAUUUCUAGAGUCUACUUUGCUUAAGAACAUGUCUUUCUACUGGAGACUGUUCGACCACGACCCGACUGUGGCCAAGGUGAUGUCCGACUUUAAAACUUUUGCGACGUGGCCUUUGCGCAACAGUACCCUCACACCCAAGGACUUUGCCAUGGCAGGACUCGCCUACGAUCCGGAGAAGCGGAUUCUCAGCUGCUCGAUGUGCCAGCAAAAGACUCAACUCUCUACUAUCGUGGCCUCGGACGAAACACUUCCCCAAGGACUGCACGAAUCCGACUGUGACGCACCGCUACGCACGCUGAGUCCAGACGUCUCGGCGGUGGUGACCGAACGAGCGCUUGCCUUUAGGCCCGAGUUUCAGACUUACACUGCGAGGUUCGCCUCCUUCGACGCUCGGCCGAAAGAAGAAGACGUCUUUGACGUGGAUUACAUGGCAUCUGCGGGAUUUUAUUACCUGACCGAUCGGACCGUGGAAUGCUUUUGUUGCGGACUUCGGUUGCUUUCGUGGGAAGCCGACUACGACGACCCAGUCGAGGAACACGCCAAGUACAACCCUCGCUGCCCCUAUCUUCGAUUGUGCGCGAGCGUAACCUACAUCAUGGAGGUGUCCGACGUAUGCGUCUAA